AUGAUCCGGUCGGUGAUGUGGGCGGGAGGCACGGUCGAUCCUACGGCAAGGCGCCCUUCACUCGCCUUUAUUCCACGAACGAGGAGUGCUAAUCCGCAACCAUUGCCGCAUUAUACGAGCCGCGCGAAAGUGAAACUCCGCCCACGCAGCGAUGAACAACGGCUCGCUGAAACGUCGGCUGAAGCGCUGCAACCCGAUCGAUGCACUAUCGCUUUCACACUGCAGCCUAGACUCACCCUCGAGGAUUUCGGGGUCGUGGACCCUGCUCGAUUAUUGCAUGCGUAUCUCGGCAAUAAAUUCUCGUUGGGGAGUGUUGAGUUGACGUACGCAGUGCGCGGGCGCAGUGGAAAGUGUUGGUUUAUCAGCUGGGUGCGGAAGGCCAGCCCGACCCUGGCACCGCCUCGCACCACAGAUAAACCCAGCUUGACAACCGGGUUUCACAUGCCCAUUGCCCAAGGCGAGCGAGCACGGAGCGAGCGCGCGGCCAGCGGUGUUCGGUGGAGUGAGGCUCGCGCGCCGGCCCCGCCGCCGUGUGAUAAGCCUGGCGCGACGCCCCCCGGCGACGCCUACGCCCCACUCGACGCCGCCGCAUCGGUGCAUCGUACACACCACCACGCCGCCAGCGCCAGCCGGCCGCCCCUCGGUGCCUCGGCCGUCCGGCUGGCACCCGACGACCCGCCUGCCACCGCCGCCGCGCCAGACGGGCCCCCGCGCAUUAUGCACUGCACCUACGCGCUAUUUCACAACCGCAUCACGGUACCACGGCGUGUCGCACAAAAUCGACAACUUUCGACUCCUUAA